AUGAACCCUUACACUGACGAGGCGACAUCGGCAAUUGACGUAAACAUUAGCUCAUUGACCGGAUUGCCUCAACCGCAAAGCUCUUGUGCGGAAUAUUCCGACGCCGAUGACUCUCCUAUCCUCCUAGAAAACGCCUUCUAUUCGCCGGAAGACUGUUCGGAAAACGAGGACCUUUCGAGAACAUCCAAGCCGUCUAUUGAGUGCGUCGUCUGCGGAGACAAGUCAUCCGGGAAGCAUUACGGGGUCUUUACCUGCGAAGGCUGCAAGAGCUUUUUUAAGCGAAGCAUCCGAAGGAAUCUUUCGUACACAUGUAGGGGGUUUAAAAACUGCCCAGUGGAUAUUCAACACAGAAACCACUGCCAGUAUUGCAGACUGAAAAAAUGCAUGAAAGUUGGAAUGAGGAAAGACGGUAAGCUUUGCCACUUAACAUCACUGCUUUAUUUGGCGAUGAAAAUUUUGACCCAAGCUGAAACUGUAUAAACUGCUGGUUCAUGUAUUAUCACUGUUCCGUUGUAUUGUCCGAUAGCCUGGUAGUUAACUUUAUCUGACCGGUACAUCAGACAAUAAUGUUACGGAACAAUGAAAGUAAAUAACACCUAAUUUUAUCGUAAUCGUAAAAUAAAUAACUGCAGCAGCUUGUGUUGCUAUAUUAAAGCCACACUCUUCUUUAAACCCGUUCUGUAUCUCAGCUCGUAGAACAUCCCUUAUAUUAAGGAGCAAGAGCAUAAGGCCUGCCGCACUACUAUUUUUCCUUACCACGUAUUAGCUACUACUGCAGGCCAACUUGCUUUAUAGCUUUAUGUGAUUUAUUGGGCAAUUUCUAUAUUCUAUUCUUUUAUUCAUGUUCGUGGUGAUUAAAAAAUCAACAAGAAAGAAUAAAACCCGAAUCAGGCGACUGAGACUGAACAAAAAUCAAUAAGUGGAAAAGAAAGUAUUUCAUUCAUUCUCUUAUUCAUUCACUCAUCCAUUCAUUCCCAGUUCUUCCUUCACUCAUUCUGUCCUUCAUUCCGGUCAUUCGCUCGUUCAUUUCUUUGCACGUUUUGGAGAGCAUUACCCAUGACUUAACAAGACGCGGCCGGACAGAUACGUUGGACAGAGGAUCGUGGGUCACGAUGUCCCAACAGGAGUCUAACCCGCGACCGGUCGCUUGCUAAUUUAGAAUCUCCAGCGCACAGCAGCUGUUGGUAAUAAAUAGGAACGCUUACAAAAGCAUAUGAUUUCACAGAAAUUCGUUUGUGACUGCGUUUACAGAGUUGGUCUUGAUAAGAACCGUGGUUUCCUACCCAGUCGUAGUAAUUAAGCGCUUACCAUUUGGAAAGGAAAUUUCGGUAAAAAAUUUCUGACAAAUGCUACCUGACUUAAAAACGUCUCCGAAAAGAGAAAUAGGUAAGAGUUGUAUCAUUUGCAAAACACCAGAUAACGAGUGGACCUGGGUUAAAACAAAUCACCUCAGUUCCGCCUCAAAAGGAAGCCUGACACUGGUUAACUAGACAAACGGUACAAAUAAUUUCGGUCGUUUCGGUAAAAACGGAAAACAUGUAAUACCUCGAAAGGUAUUACUUUUUUCCGGAAAAUUUCUACCGGGAUAAACCAUACCAUUUGAAUUCUCCACGGUAUUACCGGCUUUUCGAUACAAAUGGUAAGCGCUCAUUGUCAUAGAAACUUUAUUAUCUUCGAUAGCAUGGGGCCCAGUGUACCUUAGAUAUAUGACCUACGCAAAUAACGAUCGACUUAACUGACUUUUGCUUUUGUCAACAGCUGUCCAGAAAGGCCGCAUCUCAGCUGCGCAGCCUGACCUUGUCAAUUCUUUCCAAAUGGGUCUAGGAGACAUGCGCAAUCCACAGUCCUUUUACUCAAGUUACAUUACACUCCUACUCCGGGCAGACACCAUCGCGCGCUACCAACAAUCCCUAAGGAUUCCCGCCAGCAUUGCGGGACUGGAAAGCGCUUCAGAACUUGGCGCAAGAUUGUUGGUUUCAAUCGUAGAAUGGGCAAAGAACAUUCCCUUUUUCACUGAAUUAACUCUUCCUGAUCAGUCCAUCUUAUUGCGCUCAUGUUGGAGUGAACUUUUUAUACUAAGCACCGCACAACACUGCUCACCGUUUCACAUGGCACAACCGCUGACCAUAAGUGCCCUUACACCGCCGUCGAGCAGCGAUUUGUUAGCGAGCAAUAAUGGAUCAAUGUCGUUUGAUUUCGUUGAAAAUUUCCAAUUGUUUGAGGAACAAGUCGAAAAACUUAAAAAUCUGCAUAUAGACUCCGCUGAGUUCUGUUGCCUAAAGGCUAUAAUUCUGUUUAACCCAGGUAAGUUGUCAGUUUAUGACCGCAUUUCUUCAAUAUUUUACUUCUAUUUACUACAUUGGGCUAACAAAUUUCCUCUUUCAGAUUGACCUCGGGAUUCCGAAAAGCUUUAUAAAAAGUGCGAUCUAAAUUUCAAAUUCUGAUUCAAAUUGUGACAUGCUCAAGUAACUGUUCAUCUUUCUUUCGGACAGAGAAAUUAAAGGUGACCGUCUUCAGUUGGUCUCUGCAAAACUUAGACACUUAUUUUGUCUAAUUGAGGGUUAUCUUCGCUUAGCAUUCCUAUGAGACGAAACAUUUGAACAAGGGCGGUUUUCAGCGAGCUGUAGAUGUGCAGUGAAAUACAACAAAAUUAAUUUUAUCUACUGGGUUGAACAAGCUCCAUUCGAGCUCCAUUCCAGGCAGAAGCUGUCAGACGUUAAGCACUAAAAAUGUGGGGCUAUGGUUGACAAUCUCAAAGAAGUGGAUUUUGGAAAAUUGCACUUCAGAAAAUCGUAGGGAAUUUUCUAGAUAAGGUUCGAAAACUGUACAUGAAUGGGAUGAUCAUCUAGAAAUUUUUAGACUUUCUCAAAGUAUAGAAAUUUCUAGGCAAUUUUUGCUUCUCCGAACAUAUAUUGUACAGAAGACUGUCGUUGGGUGUCCCUGAAAUAGUCUAUCUAUGGCACUUGUAGCCGGGAGUACAUCUUGACAAAGUGCCGGUUUAAUAGAAAUGCAGAUAAUAUGGACCACGGAAAAUGUGACCGCGACCACUUAAAGGAGCUGUGUCACGAAAUUCAGCCAAAUUAGGAAAUUACAUAAUGCCCGUUAAAUUAAGAGAAACAUAAAAAUAACCGCUUAAAACUCUAGAGGAAGGUUGAAAUAAGAUAACAGAAACAACAGAUGUCACGGAUGGGCAAAACUGAAGAAGAUUGAAACGGAUUGAAAUUAGGGUUUUCGAAAACUGUUCAGCCUAACAGUUUUUCAAAGUUGAUCCCUGCUGCUUCAACUUCAAAAAUAAUGCUCAGGAGACAUAUUUGUUUGUCUUGGAUCUCUGAUUUUGUCAUUUACAUGUAAUUUCUUUGCUUACUUUAAGUUCCAUAGCGAUUGAGGGCGAGUAAUUGGCAAAAUUAAACAAAAUGAACUGGACUGCCGUGACACAGCCCCUUUAAUUGAGGUGACAGCUUAAAACGGUUUCGAAGACUUUAGUAAGUGAUCGCUUAAAAUAGGAUUGCUUAAUAAAGGUUUGGCUGUAUGUCUUUUAGAUUCCCAGGGACUCGCUAACGCUGCGCACGUGGAAGGACUUCAAGAACGUACUCAGUGUGCAUUGGAAGAUUGCAUUCGUACGCAGUACCCAAACCAACCAACACGAUUUGGCAAACUUCUUCUCAGGCUACCCUCCUUAAGGCUGAUUCGUCCCGGAACGGUAGAAGGGCUUUUUUUCCCGCCAAUCAGCUUGGGAAACACAGUGGAAAAUGCUCUGAACGAGCUGUUGGUUAUGAAUAGUCCCAGUAGUACUGCGCAUGCCCAUGUGCCUGCAAGCUCGCCAAACAGUUGGCCUGGCAAUAUGUUUCCUAAUAAUGUCCCCGACAUAAAUAGUAUUAGUAGCGUGAAUAGCGUGAACAUGAAUGGUGGUGCUGUGGUAUAG